UCUCAUCGAAAAGAUGGUCUCAGAGGCUUCGGUAGAUUAGGAAGGAGUUUGUAGUUAGAUCUGGUUGAAAAUUGCCAUGCGAAAGGAUUUUUGGUACCGCCAUUACGCGGAUGUAGAUAUACAUAAAGAAAAAGUACAUCAUAAGUGUGUUGUGUCUGUGCGUGUAUGUGUAUGCGAAUCUUCUUGCGGGCGUUUCUCGUUUCCCCGGUACAUCUGACGGUGCGGGGUCGAUUCCUUCACCGAGUGCAUUUUGCGGCCAUAGUUUGUCGCUGCCAAAAAGGAGCGUGAAAAAAAAGAACCGUCCGUCGCCCUGGUGGUUGGUUAAGUCCGCCGUCCGAGCUUAUUUCGCUCAGCGAUUGGUGGCAGAAGCAUGAUGCAUCGGUAUCGGAAAACUAAGAACGAUCAGCAUCAAGCAUGAGCACAAGAGAUGCGAAGUGAAGAUCGGAAAAGUGUAAUGAACGACAAAAGCAGGAGUCGUCGGCAUAAUAAAGCAGCAUCCAUAGCAAAAAGUUGUUUUUCUGUUCAGGAAAGUGAAUGCGGAAAUUGGCGUUCGGUGUCGGAUUCGUUUCGCUGCAGCUCGCAUACACAUGAAAGGACACUCUGAUCUAGCUGCUUUCAAUCAUAAAUUGAUCUUCAUUACGAAGCACUUUACGCGAAAAGCUCCUUCGAUGGCGUUUUGGUUACUAUAAAGCAUAGAGCCUUCAUUUUCCCAUCGAUUUACAUGUGUGCAGAACAUCCAGGUCACGUUCUAAUGGCUCCCGGUGACGGUCGAAAGCAAUUGAACAACACGUAGAGCUGAACUAAACUAUGUAUAAGGAUAUCGAAAAGUUCCUUUCAUUUUAAGAGAAACUGUAUUUAUCUAUCUAUUUAUUCGUCAACCUGUUUUCAUGCAUGUGCAGAUACUAUUUAACUAGCGUGUGCAGAUACUAUUUAACUACUGAAUAGAACCGUUAACGUACGGUAAACCAUUCGUUCUAAUAGUUGGUUCUACGAAUGUCGGAAACAUGUCCAUUAGCCUAUGUAUAACGAACCCGUGUGGCUCACCGAAGCAUUCGUCCCAAGCGACUACUAGUUCAAAGAUGGACCGUGAUGGACCGCAAACUAGCGAGAGCAGUAGUGAACAGAUGCAAAACUCUAACAAAGCAUACAGAAAAGCUGCUGCUAUGGCACCGCUCCAGUCUGCCACGGUUUCGAUGAUGUACGGUUCGAGCAAGAGCAAAAAGUUUUACAACAGUUCGUCGAACCGCAAGAAGCAACACAUAAUGGAAAGCUUAAAGAUGUGGAAUGUUAAGAUAGCGCCAAGCGGUCUGGACAAAUUUGAAGACGAACUGUCAACCAUACCAGCCGCAACUAGUCAGAAGAAGGAGCUGUUAGCACACUCUUUCGAGUCCACCGGUCCGCCCGUUCCUGCAAAGCUCGAACAAGACUGCGCGGUAGCCUCCGUUGGAGAGCCCACCAAAUCGUCUAAGAAGAAAGCGCCAGAAGCAAAUAGUCAUAAAUGUAAGCACGAAGACAUGAAGCAGCAUUCCGUAACGAAAUUGGCCACAUCCAAGCCGGAUCGCGAUAUUGCUGGCAAUCAUAAGGAACCAACGGAAAAGAAGCAUGCAAGAUCUUUUGAACUCACUGCGGAUGGAAUUAUCGUGGAAACGGAUGUCCAUAAUCACGCAUCUUCGGCUCAUCUGAACGACACGUUGAAAAUCACAACGACAGAAAUAUCUUCUUCUAAAUGUGCUGGCGAGGUGACUACGAAGUCUAUCGCUCCAAUAUCACUUCCAGAGUCACUGCCAUCAUCAUCGUCCUUUGCGAUGAUGAAAGGUAGUGAUCAUAAACACUCACACAAAUCAUACGCUCGUUCAUCUACCAACUCCAACAGUACUAGUUCAUCAGCUGCACCGACCAGCGUUACGUACAGCAGUUUGUCCGUCGACAUGCCGGCUGCUGGUAACCGGAAUGGUAAAGACGCUGCGGCCACUGUGUCGGGCCAGUCACAGGUAUCGGUGAUGUCUCUGAUGUUGCAAGGAAGUGCAAAGCAUAAUGAAUCGCUCCGAUUGGACCAUUUUUCUAAUAAUCUGUCGUCCGCAUCCUCAUCAUCAUCUGGCCUUUCGAAAAGUAUCCAUCCAAAUCAUCAUGUCGGUCAGCAACAUACGUCAUACAUUCCUACGCUCGGAGCACAACCCACAUCGAAACAACAGGCACUGAUCAAUCGUCCGGAUCACAAUCAUUCGGUGCAGCCGAACACGAACACGUCUCCUCACCAUUAUUCAUUCGAUUUUCUGCGUGAUGUUGGGUUAAAAAUGUCCCUCACCAACGUGUCAUCUGGCGGUGGAAACAAUACCGCUUCCAGCGAUCUUUCCAUGUAUCGCGGAUCGUCUCAAGCGAACUAUAACUUUACUCAACAAUUCCAGCAACACAUGAUGCAGCAUCAUCAAAAUAAUCAACUGCAGCAGCAAAAUCACGCCACCCGACCGUCUGCUCAUCAGCAACAGCAGCUAUUGCAGCUUCAUCGGCUAAUGCCACAACAACCGCAAUACAACCGAUCUCCUACUGUGUAUGGUGGUGAUGAAUUGGCUGCACAACACUGUGCAUUGAACGAUCCACAAGGUUUCUCGAAUUAUGCUCUACUUAGUGCAUCCGAGGGACAUAAUGCCACUAAUGGUGGUAAAAAUUACGAGCUUUCAUCCUACGUGUACCAUCAGAACGGUGGUGGUGUGGUUCACUCGCAACAUCAAGCAACGCACUAUAAGCAGCAACUUUUAGAGCAGCCGCAGCAACACACCGUACAGGUGCAUAGUUAUCAUCAGAAUAAUAACUACCAGUAUCACAAUCGUAACGGCCAUGGGGGAGGUAGUGGUAAUCAAUUAAGCUACACGCCACAAGGUUCCGGAAGGGUGAUUGGUACAGUGGUCGGAAGAGAGGAUGGCGGACGGAAUGGGACGAAUGGCAAAAAGUUUUGGAAUGGCAAUGGAAAAGGAAAGCAUAACUCAAACCAGACAAACGGUGGCAGUAAGCAACAGUAUAAUAAGGUGCAAAGCAUUGGCUAUGGAUAUCGGAAAAAUUAUCAACAUUACUACAACCAUGCGGCAAACGGUGGAAAUCACUACUAUGAACAUAUCACAAUUCAGCAGCAGCAACAACAGCAACAGCAGCAACAGCAGCAGCAGCAGCCACAACAACAUCACCAUCAGCAACAAUCGCAUCAUCAUCAUCAUAAGCACUGGAAUCGGAAUUUGGUAUACUUGCGUGGACACGAUAGAGGGCACGGUGUUGUCUCCUCACACGAAUACACUAACGGAAACCAGCACCAAGAAGUGGAACAAACAGGAAUAAAUCUCCAUUCCACAUCAUCAUCAAACUCUCCGGAAGGCGCUACAGAUCAAGUAGAGGAUCCAAACCAUCCGCAUCAAAUCCAAGAGAAUGGCAACAAUGAGCCGACGACGGCGGCUCUAGAACCGAACUCUUCCGAUGCACCAGCGACGGUUAUCAAUGAUCCCUAUCGAGAGAUGGAAAAGGACACGGAAAAGCUGAAAAUUUCCGAAUUGCACGAAGAGCGUGUGUAUGGUGCGAGAAAACUCUGCAGUGUGCCACGUUCCUCAUCGUCCUCCUCGGUGGUGUCGAUUCCGUCGACAGAAUCAUCGGUAUUAUCGUGCAAUACAUCUCAGCCUGAAUCUAACGCGGCCAUUGGGCACGAUUAUGAAUCGGACUCUUCCCAUUCUUCCGACUAUCGGGAAGGCACAUUCCGCUACUCAAAAUACAAUGGCACGAAUGAUAGUAAAGCGUUUCGCUCUUCAUCGUCCACUUCAUCGGGUACAACGUCUUCCUCCGCAUAUCCGCCUUUGGGUGAGUUUGUCCCAUCAGCACCAUCAUCUCUGCACGCCUCGACGGCAGGACUUGUUGGGGAGUUUAUCGUUCGUAGCCAAAGUUUCCAUGGUUCGCAUCAAAAUCUCACCGCGUACGGGGGCAAUGUUAGCGAUGGUAAUCCUCCUGUCGGAUCACCGAAGGGAAUCCCCCGAACGGUAACGGGCACACAGUCGGUGCCGGUGUUUGGGGAACUAUUUAGCAACAUCAAUCAUUGCCAGACAAAUCCCAUCCAAUUUGUUAACAGCCAGUCGACGGGCAAUUUCGGGAGUAGCACAUCCCUGGAAUUGGUGCUGCAAUCCGCAGCUACCAGCUCUUCAAGUUCGUCGUCUCUGUCUGCGUCAUCGGUGCCGCCCAACGAUUUUCAGUCGAUGCAGAGCGGACAUCCAAAGACACGCAGUCAAUCUGGGCGUACUUCACCCAACAAUGCAAAUGUACACUACCGAUCACACCGAUCGACGGUAGCGGUUUCAUCCGCAUCGUUUUCUAACCACAACACCGCUAAAGGCCAAUUAUCAUCCAACAAAAAUGGAACUGGACGCAAGAACACACAAGCUCUAGUGAGCUAUACACAUCGCUCCGUUUUGCCUGGCGAUUUUCAGCCCACACCUGCAGAUCGUUUCAUUUUGCGUGCGAAUGAAGUUGAAAUGAAAAUUGCACCUGAUGCACUUACGAACGGCACUAUGUGGGACAGCCUGUCGAGGUCCAUCUGGGACCGGUUUGCUGCCGCACAGCAAUCGGAGGAAAAGUAUGUCCAAAAGAUGGAACUGUGGCGUGAUUUGUACAUUUGCAUCAAGAAAGGCUUUCCCAAGUAUAGCCUCUAUUUGGUCGGUAGUACGAUCUCCGGCUUUGGUGCCGACAGUUCCGAUGUGGACAUGUGUCUUGUUUCGCGCAGUGGGUCCGGUUGUUUGGAUCAUCGCUUGGAAGCGCUGUUUAGUUUGUCGCUGGUGAAAGAAUACUUCAUGAACAUGCCGCUGUCGAGUUUCAGUGAUUUCAGCCUGAUUCAGGCGAAGGUGCCGAUUCUACGUUUUCAAGAUAGCAAGAAUGGCAUUGAGGUGGAUCUUAACUUCAACAAUUGCGUUGGAAUUAGAAAUACACACCUGCUGCACUGUUAUGCGCAGAUGGAUUGGCGCGUUAGACCACUGGUGUUGAUGGUGAAGUUAUGGGCUCAGCAUCAUAACAUUAACGAUGCGAAAAACAUGACUAUAUCCAGCUACUCUCUGGUCUUGAUGGUUAUUCAUUUCCUGCAAUGUGGAACCAGCCCACCAAUUUUGCCAUGUUUGCACGCUAUGUAUCCCGAGAAGUUUAUGAAAAUCAACGACAUUCAUAAUAUAGAAAUGAUCGAACGCAUCGAACCAUAUCAAACGGAUAACAAAGAAAGUUUGGGAGAAUUGUUACUACAUUUUUUGGAAUACUAUACAAAGUUUGAUUAUGAGCACCAUGCUAUAUCCGUGCGAACAAGUUCCAUCAUACCGGUUGAAGAAUGUCGCCUGGCCAGAAGCUACAAGAAUGAUCCCCAUCAUUGGAAGCAUUUGUGCAUAGAAGAGCCGUUUGACUUCACCAACACCGCACGGUCAGUAUUUGAUGGGGAAGUAUUCGAGCAGAUAAAGUCCACCUUUGCAACAUCGUGGCAGAUGCUGAAGGACAACAAACAUUUGAAUGUUCUGUUCGGUGAACCAUUGUUUACACCGGUUACAUCGACACUGUCUAUAACUUCGUGAUCAUUAGUCGUGCUCAUCAUAACGUUUCUCUGAAACACCCAAAGGCAUCAAACAUGUGAUGGUGUUUCAAGCAUUUGUGUUUACCGUUUUUACGAUGUUAGUUCCCUGUUAAACAAAGAAAUCUAAAUACCAAAAAGAAAAACGAAAAGCAUGAAGCUGGUUUGAAAAGACUGAAUGGAGGCAAGUUACAUGUCUGUCUCGGCCAGAUAUUCCUGGGGAAAAUUGCACCGCCAACAGUAGAGCGCAUUUAUCAACUGCCUAGGAUAAAUGAUCAUCUUUGUCAGCACGAGGAAGCCAAGCUAACGCUGAUGAAAGUAUUUCGAUCUAAUAAGCAAUUAACUCGCUGCCAUUUUGAAGAAAUGUACGGCUUAAGCAAUACAGUAAUUAACCGUGUUCGUUAACUAUUAUCGUUAGUAUCAGAAGGCAUGCGCAGUGGUUUAGGCUGAUUCUAAGUAUUCCUCGCUGCACGUGGAGUGGAUGCACAAUUAUUGAUUAAUGAGUGAAAAGAAAAAAAGAGCUAUAUGCAAAGAAAGACACGAAUCAAGGUGUGAUGUCUGGUGUAUUCCGGAAAAAAGUAUCAUUGAAUGAUCUCGCUUAGGUAAACCUUAAACCAACCUUUACGGUGCCAUUAAAAAUGAAGGAAAAAGCAUAAAGGUACUGAAACAAAAAAAAACUCAUACAAACAAUAUGGAUAGGGUUGUUAAAUGAAAAGCGAUGCUCCGCCGAACGAACCCAUAGGGUACGGAAGGAAGCGCAAAGGCUACUAACCGAUGUUAGUGCGGACCAAAAAGCGAACCACACUUGGUUGAAUAGUUAGAAACGAUAAAGCAAAGAUUGAAUUCACAGUCCGUACGAUCGUGAUAUGAUCGCGUUUUGAUGAAAUGUCGAUUUGUUUGGUUUUCGGACUAAAAGAAAAUUGUUCGUUAUUAUGAAGCUUUUUCUUAUCCAUAAGAGUAGUCGUUUCUCCAUAGAGAGUGAGAGACUUUGUUGAGGGUUAGAAACGGAACGGUAAAUUCGCAUCAUUGCAGCAAUAAACAAUCGAAUAAUUGGGAAGGAAAGGCAAAGAAUAGCAAACAAUCGAAACAAUCGAAACGCGCAUCAUCAUGCAUCUAAAACAACACUUUCAUGAAAGUAUCUGUUUUUAUGGUAGUUAUCUGUAAAAAUAAUAUAAAAGACAUGGCUGUGAAAUCGGAUAUAUAAGCUAGAAGAAAUCGUACAUUGGGCCGAGUGUGAUUCGGUCCGUAGUGAUCCUGCGUAACUGUUAUAAUGUAGGAGUGCAGAAGCAAGUUAGAAGACAAAGCGGAAUAAUUUAUAUUAUAUUUUUAGAGUUAAUUUAUCUGAAAAAGAGCAAUAGUACGGUGCGGUACAUGUUCGUUUAAAAAGGCUGGAAAGGGAGAAAAGCCAAACAAAAAAAAAAAAAGACAGAUAAGGGAUGAAAUCAUAUCGAAGCAAGAGAGGUUCUCAUUCUCAGCGUAAUAAUUCAGCAAAGUAAUGCAAAAUCUGGUGUGCUGCGCUUAUGUGCUAAGAGUAGGCAAAAAAAGAAAACUGGAGGCUAACAGUUGAAAGUCGAAACCCAAAAGCCAAACAGGAGGCAAUUAUUCAAAAAAAAAGUGUGUGAAAACUUGCGCAAAAUACUUAAACCAAGUGUACAGCAAACCGUAAGUGAAUGAAUGCAGAAAACAAACAAAACGUAAGACCCAUUUAUGAGUGGCAUUUAUAAGAGAACAUUCAGAGAGCAAGCAAAUGUGAAAGUUAAGGGAAGGUGAAAUAAGAUCUGAAUCAAAGGUGUUGUAAUGUGGAGGAUCAAUUUUGUAACCCUCAUGUUUGGUUCUUACGAUCGAAAAAAAAGCAACAAAAAACAAAAUCGUAAAGAGAAAAAAAAGUAUAAAGGAAAAAUAAUCCAAAAAGUAAA